UUAGUACUAUUAUAUAACAAGAUAUGUCUCCUCUAUUUUCCCCUUCUUCUUCUUCUUGUUUUCUUGUUUCAAAGAUCUAAGCCUUUUUUCUGAAACCCCAUUUCUCUAGUCUCCAAGAUUUCUUGGUUUUGUGUUUUUAAUGUGAUUAUUUAUUUAAUUGUUGUGUGAUCUAAAGCAGAAGGGAAAACAAAUAAAAAGGAAAAUGUCUGUAAGUAUGAUGAUGGAGAAAAGGGAAGUUGAAGGUUCAUCUGGAUUUAUGCAUGCAUUAUCGUCUAUGUCUGUUGAUCCAAAAGAUACAUUUAAAGGAGAUGAGAGGUUUUUUUGUGGUAAUAAAAAUGUGGUUUUUAAAGGGAAAAUGAAUGAAGAGAAGGCAUUGAAUUCAUGCAGUUCUUCAUCAUCAUCAAUUGGGAAAAAUAGUGAUAUAUCUGAUGGAUCAAUGGAGAAAAAAGAUGAUUCUGAUGAAGUACAGAGUUCUUAUAAAGGUCCUUUGAGUUCUAUGGAAGCUCUACAGGAAGUUCUACCAAUCAGAAAGGGUAUCUCAAGGUUCUAUAAUGGGAAGUCAAAAUCAUUCACUAGUUUAAGAGAAGCUUCAUCUUCAUCCUCCAUGAAAGAAAUUGCAAAGCCAGAAAAUGCCUAUAUUAAGAAAAGAAGAAACAUAUUGGCUUGCGGUUUAGCUUGGGAGAGUAACAAGAACAGAGGUGGCAUCUCAAAAAGAGUGACAAAUUCUAGUAGAACCUCAUUGGCACUAGCAGCAGCUAUGAAUUGUUCUUCAGGUCUUAGCAACAUUUGUGAAAGCUCCACAAACUCAUUCUCAACAUCACCUGCUCCAUUUGUCUCGCGUCUUAAUCCUCAUUUCAAAGAGUACAACCACAACUAUUGUAAUGUAUCGAAUAAUUCUCCUUGUUUAUCGCCAUUAGCUCGUGGGAAUUUCUCGGGUUGGAGAUCUUUCUCUUUGGCUGAUUUACAGCAGUGUGAAUUUGUUUCUGUUACAACAAGUCCUCCUGUUAAUACCAAAGUAGAAAAGGAGCCAACUUGAGCAUUUGGACAAGUUCUUGUUCAAGAAUUUGUAUAAACAGAAUUUCUUCUUCUGUUCAUUUAGCAAAGAGGAUUCAAGAAUUUAAGGAACAUGGUGAAUAGAAGCAUCAAGAUUGAAAUGUGUUGGAUAACA